AGAUUGUUUGAUGAAGCAGAAGCUAAAGAAAUGAAUCUGACUAGACUGGCAGGUGAUACAGAUCUGAAUGCUGAAGAUAUUCAAAAACUUAGAUCUGGAGAAAUUGACUCUGAUCCAGAAACAAAGUCUGCAAGACUCGAUCCUGUCGAUAUGGAUGAAGAUGAGGCUCAUGCUAGAUUAGCCAAUACUCAAGGCAAAAAGCGAAGCAAAAGGCAU